AUGCAGUAUUCGCUGUUGAGAAAGGCAAACCUAGCGACAGCCUACGGGACAUGGCAGUGCUGCGCGUGCACAUGCUCCUCCUCACCUCGCAAACGACUGAAACCAAAUCCGCAGUUCGCCCCGCAGUCGAGGAACUACGCCGAUGUUAAGUCGGGCAGUCACCAUGAAUACCGUGAUAGCAUGAAUUGGCCCUGUCGAAGAACGACUUCCUGGACCCCAUCACCAUACGAAAUCUUCGAUCUGGCGAAGGAUGCAGUGUACACUAAACAUAAGUUUUAUGAACUGGUCAAAAUCUACCACCCCGACAGGAAUGGGACAGGCUCUUCCGGCGGAAUUGGCCACGGAGAGAGACUAGAAAGAUAUAGACUCGUUGUGCAGGCACACGAGAUAUUAUCCGACCCGGUAAAAAGACGAGCUUAUGAUGCUUCCGGAUUCGGCUGGGGGUCGACCGGUGCGGCUACCAGACAUUCACGGGGAUUUACCAAUGGUCAAGGCAAGACGUACGGCUUUGGUCCGGAUGACGAUUCUUCCAUCUUCCAGAACGCAACAUGGGAGGAUUGGGAACGGUGGCGUCAAAGGCACGAUCACCCAAACAAACAAGAGUCCUCUGGCACGUACAUACAUACAAACACCUUUGCGUCGCUUGUUAUACUUCUUGCUGUUAUCUCCGGAGUCUUCCAAGCCACCAGAGCCGGCCAAUUUUCCGGGCAACUGGAAGAGAAGGCAAAAGCGUUCAGCGAAGAGACAAGCCGAUUCCUGGCAUCGAGAGCCGAACAAUACCAAGAGAAUCAGCUAGACGUGGAUGGGCGGAUCAAACAUUUCCUGGCCAAACGUGAUCCAUCCAAGUAUGGCCUGAAAAACGAGGAGACGGAGGUAUAUCGAACACAUUUUGCAGAACAAAACAACAUGAGACCAAUGCCAAAUUUAAAGGGGUCGGAAACUGAAUAA